ACUAUUUGAACACUAAACAGACAUGGAGAGACACGACCUAAACUUGAGUUACAAAAAAAGGCGAUUAGAUUCUACGACAAACCCUAAAGGCGAGGGUGGUUCUACAGUAGUCCAAUCUGACUCUGCCGUGGCAAAAUUUUUGGACAAUGUCGUCUACAGAUUGUACAUCAAGGGUUUGGUGAGUGAAGAGACAGUGGUGGACGGUAAGGAGAAGACUAAGAAGGCUGGAUUUGGAGUUGCGAUUUGCGAUGAGAAGGAUAAUUUGUUGUAUGAGAUUAAGGAAUCACUUAGCGACACUGAGAUAAGCUGCUUAGAAGUAGAGAGCAAGGCCUUGAUUCGUGGGUUAAGAGAAUCCUUGGAUUUUGGGAUCCGAAACGUCAUGGUUUAUUGCGAUGACCAACAGAUUUACCAAUAUAUUAUUGGUGGAGGGAAGGUUAAGAAGAAGAUUGUCCAUCUAGUGGACGAAUUUCAACUUCUUCUAGAAGAUAUGACCUCUCAUGACGUUGAUUUGGUCGCCCCGAACGAUGUUAACUUUGCUUUUAGACUUGCAAGAGAAGCCAUAGUUUCAAGGGACGAUGUGAAGGCAGAGAUUUGUGGCAUUUGUGUUGAAGAAACCGAUGCCGAGCGCAUGUUGUUUACCACCGACCAAUGCCUUCACCGUCAUUGCUUUAUUUGUGUGAAACAACAUGUGGAAGUGAAGCUGCUUAGCGGAACUGUGCCCACAUGCCUUGACUAUGGAUGCAAGUCUGAGCUCACCCUUGAAAGCUGUAGCAAGGUUUUGACACCAAAGCUGAUUGAGAUGUGGAAACAAAAAAUGAAAGAAGACUCGAUCCCUGUUGCGGAGAGAAUCUAUUGCCCAUAUCCAAAUUGCUCAAUCUUGAUGUCCAAAACCGAGCUCUUUAAAUCCACCGAUGAAACGUCAAACCAAUCCAAUGUUAGGACAUGUGUCAAAUGCACUGGACUCUUCUGCAUUGAUUGCAAAGUGCCAUCCCAUUCUGAUAUGUCGUGUGCUGAUUACAAGAAACUUCACCCUGACCCUCUAGUUGAUGACUUGAAGCUAAAGUCUCUGGCAAAGGACAAAAAGUGGCGUCAGUGUGUAAAGUGUAAGAACAUGAUUGAACUUUCUCAUGGCUGCAACCACAUGACUUGCAGAUGCGGAUAUCAGUUUUGUUACCAAUGUGGGAUUGAAUGGAAGAAGAACCAGAGGACUUGCCCUUCUGCUGGAUGCCUACAAACGGGACAUGGUGAUUAUGAUGAUGAUGAACCGGAAUAUGAUUCUGAAGAGGAUACGGGUGAUUACUCUUCCGAUGAAGAAGGUGGUCGUUGGCCUAGCUAUGAAGAAUAUAUUUAAAGAAUCAAAAGCUCAAAGCCAA